UUUAUGGCACACUCUGGGAGAUCGAUUUGAGCAAUUUAGUAGACAUUGAUGAUCAAGAAGGCGUCCACGAAGGCAUUUACUAUCCAGUCAGUUUACCAGUUAUGUUGCCGAAUAACACUUUGAUUACUGCACGCGCCUAUUUGCUGGCCGAUCAACCGAAAACCCGUUUAAAUGACUUUUCCAGCGGUGACAAAGUCCCAAUUACGCGUCGACCUUCGAUAACUUACUUGCAGUGUUUGGUAAAGGGUGCUGAAGAAACCGGUAUUGUGCCGUGGUAUGUGGAUUGGCUGAAGGCUGUGAAGCAUAAUGGGCAUGUUGCACCGGAUUUGGAGCGCAUACUAGAAUUAACGGAUGUGAAGUUGAAUUCUUAAAAUACAUCUUAAAUUGGCAAGAUGGAUGUCUGUGAUAUACUAAUAUGUACAUAUUUACUUAAUUGUAUUAGCUUUAUUUGUAAGUUUUUUUAAAGGAUAUUUUGAUUUCUAUCGAAAUUAAAAAAAAUCGUUUAAGAUUUAUAGAUAUGUAUACUAAAAAAUAAACCA